CAGUAGGGUUUUUUUUUUUUUUUUUUUACUUUACUCUCUGACUGGAGAGGAGAAAUUCUCAAAGAAGAUAGAAGCGAGUCAAUCAAACGCCAGACGCAACAAAACAAACCCUAAAGCAGCUAAAUUUUGGCACUUGUUCAUCUCCUUAUUUAGCUACACACUACCAUCAAAACCCUAGCUUUUUCUGUGUAAAAGCUCAAUUAUUUGGUUUCAGGACACAACCCAUUUCCAAAAUAUGACCUUAUUGCACUAGCUCCACACCUUAUUUGACAUAUCAGUGUUCAAUUCAGACCAUCAUGCUGUUGCCCAUCAAGAGCACUUCACUUUUGUAGGUCAGGGAGGGGAGCCAUGGAGGGAGAUGAGCGUGGGAUUGUAUUGGCCUGCGCAAUUUCAGGGACCCUUUUCACAGUUUUGGGCUCAGCUUCAUUUUGGAUUCUUUGGGUAGUGAACUGGCGACCUUGGAGGAUUUAUAGUUGGAUCUUUGCUAGAAAAUGGCCUUAUGUUUUACAAGGACCUCAGCUGGGUAUUCUAUGUCGUUUUCUCUCUCUAUCAGCAUGGAUGAUUGUUAUAUCUCCAAUUCUGGUUCUUAUCAUGUGGGGCUCAUGGUUGAUUAUAAUAUUGGGUCGAGAUAUAAUUGGUUUGGCUGUAAUAAUGGCUGGUACUGCUCUUCUUUUGGCCUUCUAUUCAAUUAUGCUUUGGUGGAGAACACAAUGGCAAAGUUCAAGGGCAGUUGCUAUUCUCCUUCUUCUGGCUGUUGCGCUACUCUGUGCAUAUGAACUGUGUGCAGUGUAUGUUACAGCUGGUAAAAAUGCAUCAGAGCGUUAUUCACCCUCUGGUUUCUUUUUUGGUGUCUCAGCGAUUGCUUUGGCGAUCAACAUGCUUUUCAUUUGUCGCAUCGUCUUUAAUGGGAAUGGCCUAGAUGUGGAUGAGUAUGUACGCAAAGCAUACAAAUUUGCUUAUAGUGAUUGUAUUGAAAUGGGUCCUAUGGCUUGUUUACCUGAACCACCUGAUCCCAAUGAAUUAUAUCCUCGGCAAUCUAGCAGGGCUUCACAUCUUGGUCUACUCUACCUUGGCUCUCUUCUGGUUCUUUCUGUCUACUCCAUUUUAUAUGGUCUGACAGCGAAGGAAGCGCGCUGGCUUGGAGCCAUUACAUCAGCUGCUGUUAUUAUCCUUGAUUGGAAUAUGGGAGCAUGCUUGUAUGGGUUUGAGCUUCUCCAAAGUCGUGUUGUAGCACUUUUUGUUGCUGGCACAUCCAGGGUGUUUCUUAUUUGCUUUGGCGUGCAUUACUGGUACUUGGGGCACUGUAUUAGUUAUGCAGUUGUAGCAUCUGUGCUGUUAGGUGCUGCUGUUUCUCGUCAUUUAUCAGUCACAAACCCUCUGGCUGCUAGAAGAGAUGCCUUGCAGAGCACAGUGAUUCGCCUAAGAGAGGGUUUCCGCAGAAAGGAACAUAAUACUUCUUCUAGCUCUUCUGAAGGUUGUGGCUCAAGUGUAAAACGCAGUAGUAGUGUUGAAGCAGGUAACCUUGGUAAUAUUGUUGAAUCUGGUACCCACUGUACAGCACAAGGCGCAACUGAUGCUAAUAACUGGAAUAAUGCUGUUCUAUGUCGAACUGUGAGUUCUCACGAAGGGAUGAAUAGUGAUAAAAGCAUAGACAGUGGAAGGCCAAGCUUGGCACUACGUAGCAGUUCUUGUCGUUCAGUUAUCCAAGAACCUGAAGCUGGGACGUCUGGGGAUAAAAAUUUUGAUCAUAAUAACUCUCUGGUAGUUUGCUCUAGUAGUGGUCAUGAUAGCCAAGGUUGUGAGUCCAGCACGUCAACAUUUGCAAAUCAACAACUGUUGGAUUUGAAUCUUGCUCUUGCAUUUCAAGACAGGCUGAAUGACCCUAGGAUCACAUCUUUGCUGAAAAAGAGGGGAAGGCAAGGUGAUAGAGAACUGAUUAGUUUGUUGCAGGACAAAGGAUUGGAUCCAAAUUUUGCUAUGAUGUUAAAGGAGAAAAACUUGGAUCCAACUAUCUUGGCAUUACUCCAGAGGAGUAGUUUGGAUGCAGAUAGAGAUCAUCGUGACAAUACUGAUAUCACGAUUGUUGAUUCAAACAGUGUUGACAAUGGUCUGCCACAUCAAAUUUCUCUGUCAGAAGAACUAAGGCUUCAUGGGCUUGAAAAGUGGCUUCAAUUGUCUAGAUUUGUUCUGCAUCACAUAGCGAGUACGCCAGAGCGAGCAUGGGUUCUCUUUAGUUUCAUCUUCAUUGUUGAAACAAUUAUUGUGGCAAUUUUUCGUCCCAAGACGAUUAAAAUUAUAAAUGCUACACACCAACAGUUUGAGUUUGGCUUUGCUGUGCUGCUGUUAUCUCCUGUUGUCUGCUCGAUAAUGGCUUUCCUUCAAUCACUUCAAGCAGAAGAAAUGGCCAUGACAUCAAAACCUCGCAAGUAUGGUUUCAUUGCCUGGUUGCUGAGCACAUGUGUUGGAUUGUUGCUUUCCUUCUUGAGCAAAUCAUCAGUGCUCCUGGGAUUGUCCCUGACUGUCCCACUCAUAGUGGCAUGUCUCUCUGUUGCAAUUCCUAUUUGGAUUCAUAAUGGCUACCAGGUUUGGGUUCCACGGGUACACUCCACAGUUCCUGCAGGAAACCAUCGCCCUUCUGGGACAAAGGAGGGCAUUGUUCUUAUAAUUUGUGUAAUAGUAUUUAUUGGAUCUGUAUUAGCUCUGGGUGCAAUAGUGUCUGUGAAGCCUUUAGAUGAUUUAGAGUACAAGGGGUGGGCUAGUGACCCAGGAAGCUGUAGCACUCCUUAUGCAUCAUCAGUGUACCUUGGUUGGGCAAUGGCAUCUGCAAUUGCUUUAGUAGUUACUGGUGUGCUGCCAAUUGUGUCAUGGUUUGCAACAUAUCGGUUUUCCCUGUCUUCUGCUGUAUGUGUUGGGAUAUUCACAGUUGUUCUUGUGGCAUUUUGUGGUGCAUCCUAUUUGGAAGUUGUCAAAUCUAGGGAUGACCAAGUUCCAACAAAGGGUGAUUUUUUAGCUGCUUUACUGCCUCUUGUGUGCAUUCCGGCAUUGCUAUCACUUUGCUCUGGAUUGCUUAAAUGGAAAGAUGAUGGUUGGAAACUCUCUCGAGGGGUAUAUGUAUUUGUUAUUAUUGGUCUCCUUCUUCUGCUUGGUGCAAUAUCUGCUGUUAUAGUUGUGAUUAAGCCAUGGACUAUAGGAGUAGCAUUCCUUUUAGUUCUUCUCCUGAUCGUGCUAGCUAUUGGUGUUAUCCACCACUGGGCUUCAAACAACUUCUAUUUGACCAGGACACAGAUGCUGUUUGUUUGUUUCCUUGCUUUUCUUUUGGGCUUGGCAGCGUUUCUUGUUGGAUGGUUUCAAGGUAAACCAUUUGUUGGAGCAUCUGUUGGUUAUUUUUCAUUUCUAUUUCUUCUUGCUGGACGAGCAUUGACGGUCCUCCUCUCACCGCCCAUUGUAGUGUAUUCGCCUAGAGUAUUGCCUGUUUAUGUAUACAAUGCUCAUGCAGAUUGUGGCAAGAAUGUCAGUGUCGCAUUUCUUGUGCUCUAUGGGAUUGCUUUGGCAACUGAGGGUUGGGGUGUUGUUGCUAGUUUGAAAAUUUAUCCACCAUUUGCUGGUGCUGCUGUAUCUGCAAUUACGCUUGUUGUAGCCUUUGGUUUUGCUGUUUCUCGUCCAUGCCUGACACUUGAGAUGAUGGAAGAUGCAGUUCAUUUUCUCAGUAAGGAUACUGUUGUCCAAGCAAUUGCACGAUCUGCCGCUAAGACGAGAAAUGCUUUAUCUGGAACUUAUUCAGCUCCACAGAGAUCUGCUAGUUCAACAGCUCUUUUGGUUGGAGACCCUACUGCUACACGGGACAAGGCAGGCAACCUUGUGCUUCCUAGAGAUGAUGUUGUGAAAUUGAGAGAUCGUCUGAGAAACGAGGAACUACUUGUAGGAUCAUUCUUCUUCAGAAUGAGAUACAGGGCGUUUUUCCGUGAAUCAGCCACUGAUUUAGAUCAUAGAAGGGAAAUGUGUGCGCAUGCACGAAUUUUGGCUUUGGAAGAGGCAAUAGACACUGAAUGGGUAUACAUGUGGGAUCGGUUUGGUGGUUAUUUAUUACUACUUCUUGGUUUGACUGCUACAGCAGAAAGAGUGCAGGAUGAGGUACGCUUGAGGCUGUUUCUUGACAGCAUAGGGUUUUCAGACCUAAGUGCCAAGAAAAUUAAGAAAUGGAUGCCUGAGGAUCGUAGGCAAUUUGAAAUUAUUCAAGAGAGUUACUUAAGAGAAAAGGAGAUGGAAGAGGAAAUCUUAAUGCAGAGACGUGAAGAGGAGGGCAGAGGUAAAGAAAGAAGGAAGGCUCUUCUGGAGAAAGAAGAACGUAAAUGGAAGGAGAUUGAAGCUUCCCUGAUUUCCUCUAUUCCUAAUGCUGGCAGCAGGGAGGCAGCAGCUAUGGCUGCUGCAGUGCGUGCUGUAGGUGGUGAUUCUGUUCUCAGUGAUUCCUUUGCUCGGGAGAGGGUUGCAAGCAUUGCACGUCGGAUACGCAUGGCUCAAUUAGCCCGUCGAGCACUUCAGACCGGAAUUUCUGGUGCCAUAUGUAUCCUUGAUGAUGAACCAACAACAAGUGGCCGACACUGUGGUGAGAUAGAUCCCAGCAUAUGUCAAACUCGAAAAGUCAGCUUUUCAAUUGCAGUGAUGAUCCAACCUGAGUCUGGACCAGUGUGCCUUUUAGGCACUGAAUUUCAUAAAAAAGUUUGCUGGGAAGUUUUGGUUGCUGGUGCUGAGCAAGGUAUUGAGGCAGGACAAGUUGGGCUUCGAUUGAUUACUAAGGGUGAUAGGCAAACAACAGUCGCAAGGGAGUGGAGCAUCAGUGCGACAAGUAUUGCAGAUGGAAGGUGGCAUAUUGUGACGAUGACAGUUGAUGCUGAUUUAGGUGAGGCAACUUGCUAUCUAGAUGGUGGCUUUGAUGGCUUCCAAACUGGGUUACCAUUGUCUGUUGGUAGUAGCAUUUGGGAACAAGGGACAGAAGUUUGGGUUGGUUUUAGACCGCCUACGGAUGUGGAUGCAUUUGGAAGGUCAGAUAGUGAAGGUGCUGAGUCUAAAAUGCAUAUAAUGGAUGUCUUUUUAUGGGGAAGGUGCUUAACUGAAGAUGAGAUUGCCUCUCUUCACACUGCUAUAGGCUCAACAGAGUUUGGUAUGGUUGACUUUCCUGAAGAUAAUUGGCAAUGGGCAGAUUCACCCACCAGGGUUGAUGAGUGGGAUAGUGAUCCUGCAGAUGUAGAUCUGUAUGAUAGGGAUGAUGUAGAUUGGGAUGGUCAAUAUUCAAGUGGGAGGAAAAGGAGGUCAGAUCGUGAAGUUGUGGUGGAAAUGGACUCUUUCACAAGGAGGUUUAGGAAACCUAGGGUAGAAACGCAAGAAGAAAUCAAUCAGCGAAUGCUUUCAGUUGAACUGGCUGUCAAAGAAGCCCUAUCUGCUAGAGGAGAAACACGUUUUACUGAUCAGGAGUUCCCUCCAAAUGAUCAAUCAUUGUAUGUGGAUCCAGAAAAUCCCCCUUUGAAGUUGCAGGUUGUCUCUGAUUGGAUGAGGCCUCGUGAAAUAGUUAAGGAAAACCGUCUGGAUUCCUGCCCAUGCUUAUUUUCUGGGUCUGCAAAUCCCUCUGAUGUUUGUCAGGGUCGUUUAGGAGAUUGUUGGUUUUUAAGUGCUGUUGCUGUUUUGACGGAGGUAUCACGAAUAUCAGAAGUAAUUAUUACUCCUGAAUACAAUGAGGAAGGAAUCUACACUGUUCGUUUCUGCAUUCAGGGUGAGUGGGUUCCAGUAGUUGUCGAUGAUUGGAUACCAUGUGAAUCACCAGGUAAACCUGCAUUUGCUACCAGCAGGAAAGGUAAUGAACUCUGGGUGUCUAUAUUGGAGAAAGCAUAUGCCAAAUUGCAUGGCUCUUAUGAGGCAUUGGAAGGUGGGCUUGUCCAGGAUGCUCUUGUUGACCUUACUGGUGGUGCUGGUGAGGAGAUUGACAUGAGGAGUGCCCAGGCCCAGAUUGAUCUUGCUAGUGGCAGACUAUGGUCUCAAUUGCUACGUUUUAAACAAGAGGGCUUUCUACUUGGUGCUGGGAGUCCAUCUGGUUCUGAUGUGCACAUUUCUUCAAGUGGCAUUGUCCAAGGCCAUGCUUACUCUAUACUGCAAGUUAGGGAGGUAGAUGGACAUAAGCUUGUUCAAAUUCGGAAUCCAUGGGCUAAUGAAGUUGAGUGGAAUGGUCCUUGGUCUGAUUCAUCACCCGAAUGGACUGAUAGAAUAAAACACAAGCUGAAGCAUGUUCCUCAGUCAAAAGAUGGUAUUUUCUGGAUGUCUUGGCAAGACUUCCAGAUCCACUUCCGAUCAAUAUAUGUAUGUCGUGUCUACCCCCCUGAGAUGCGGUAUUCUGUUCAUGGCCAAUGGCGAGGCUACAGUGCUGGUGGAUGCCAAGAUUAUGCUUCUUGGAAUCAAAAUCCACAGUUUCGAUUGAGGGCUGCUGGUCCCGAUGCAUCAUUACCAAUUCAUGUGUUUAUUACCUUAACUCAGGGGGUGAGUUUCUCUAGAACAGCAGCUGGUUUCAGAAAUUAUCAAUCUAGUCAUGAUUCAAUGAUGUUCUACAUUGGGAUGAGGAUACUUAAGACUCGUGGUCGCCGUGCUUCUUACAAUAUUUACCUACAUGAAUCAGUGGGUGGGACAGAUUACGUCAAUUCUCGAGAGAUUUCAUGUGAAAUGGUUUUGGAUCCUGAUCCAAAAGGUUACACUAUUGUGCCUACUACAAUUCACCCUGGGGAAGAGGCACCAUUUGUUCUCUCUGUUUUCACCAAAGCAUCAAUUACCCUGGAAGCUUUAUAAGUUGCAGUUGUGGCUCAUUUGUUUGUUUUUCCUUUUGGCUGAGAGCAUCACAAGAUUUCAAAUUGUUGGGUUGUUCAUAGAUCAUGCACCACCUAAAGGCAGGUUUUGUUGAGCCACCAAUCAUUGUGCAGAAUGGCUAGGUAAUUCUGUCUCAAGUUUCUUUUUAUGUCCAUAGUGCAAUCGAUCUCUUUUGGUAUCACUUUUUAUUUUUGGGUGUGUUCUCAAGGUUUCUGAUAAAUGCAUCUAUAUUAAUUUCCCUUUUGAUCUGCAUGCUAUAUUAAAACUGUAAUGCUUUAAUGUAGUGGUUGAUAAAGUUGGAUAUAAAGAUAUGUAUUGGUGUCAGUUAUGAUCAUUACAUAUAUUAGAUUUACUUCCAAAUUAACAGAAAGCUAGAAUGCUGAGAAAUACUUUAUUACAGAAGUCACCUUUCUAAAUUAAGUAUGGGUUGUGGCUUCAGCCAAAAUGGCUGUGGAAAUAGCUUUUGCCAAGUUAAAAAAGAAAUUUUUAUGUUGUCAUCUUUAUUUUUGAUCAUCUUAUAUUUGACCUUUAUCUGCAUAUCCUUGUUUCCUGAUUAAAUUCAUCGCUAACAUCACAAUGUUUUCGCUAUAUGGAAUGAUUUGGAUUUUAUUUGCUUUGUCAGGCUGCGAGGAUGUGGUUCUCAGCUGUCGGGAUGGCCAGCAAGCAUGUCAUUAUACUGGUGCAAUUGUGAACUUGAUUCUGUGCUAAAUGAACUUGAAUGCGACUUGCUAGACAUGAAGGCUGACCAUUUGAAAGAAUAUGGAAUCUAGAGGCUCCCUCAGGAUUGGAUAAUUUGUCUGCCGGCAUCGGGGGAGGGUUCUCGGGGUGGUUAAGUUGUACAUGUGUAGGUAUUUUAAUUGUAAGAAAUAUAGGCCUGACCAUGUAAAUGAUAUGAAGGGUGAGAGGAAGAAAGCUAAAAUGAAAUAGGAAAAAAUAAUUAUGAACACUAAUUCAAGGUGAAUACCGAAAAGCAUUGUAGCUGGAGAAAGCUUCAGCUGCAGUUUUGUUGUGCUUUUUGUAUAACAAUCUGUACAAAUGUUCCUUCUUUUGCAAUAUAGUUACCAUUUGUUCUGAGUAAA